AUGCUAAUCGGGCAUCAACUUGUAGCAAGGAGAGCAUAUUAUCAGUGCAAAUACAACAGCAGACGUCAUCGAAGCCAGUUGGGAACUUUGUGCAUUCAGAGCGGCAAAUCAAACACCUGCAAUCUCAGGCUCUUCGUCGCCACUGGCGGUGUUACAAAGCAUGAGCCUAAGUCUCGAGAGUCUCGAAACUCAAUCAUCGAUCAAGUAAUAAGCAUGUGUAAGUGA